GAAAAAGGUAACAUGGCCAUGGCCAAAAGUCAAACUGCUGGAUUAUGGUUUGAGAUUUCAACAACCACCGAUAUUUUACAAAUUCAACAUGCAUUUCAGAGUUCACAUUACAAAGAAACAUCUGGGAUUCUAUACAAACUGAUCAAAACUUCGAGCAAUAGCAUCAUCUUCAUCAUUCUCAACUUGUUCCAGCCAUGAGUUUGCUUGAAGGAGAAGAGCUCGGCGAAAACCAAAAAUUACUGAUUGCAGGGAUAAUCUCUUUAUUCUUCAUCGUCGUACUAGUCAUCCUUCUCCAUAUCUAUGCUAGACAUCUGCUUAGACGACAGGACAGAUCAAGACUCCAAGCUUCACUAAAUUCAUCGAGGACUGAAGUUGAAGCAGUUGGAAUGAAUGAUUCGAUUGAGACAUCGAAGAGAGGGCUCGACCCAUCUGUCAUAGCCUCACUGCCUAUGUUCAUCUACCAACCAACCGAUGGGCUCGACGGCGGUGACGGUGUAGAGUGCUCGGUGUGCUUGAGCACCAUAGAGGAAGGGGCUAAGGUCAGGCCUCUGCCAAACUGUAAGCACGAGUUCCAUGCGGAGUGUAUUGACAUGUGGCUGAGCUCACACAUUACUUGCCCCAUUUGUCGCACCGGGGCUGAGCCUCAGCUCAGGGUCGAGCCCAUGGUCCCACCAGCGCCACCAACAGCACCACCACUGGAGGAGAGUACCUCGGAUGGAGGUGCACAGUUGCAGAAAGUGGGUGGGUCGGGAUCCCGAUUAAGUUCGUUUAGGAGGAUACUGGGUAGGGAGAGAUCAUCGACAAGGAUUCAAAACUGUGGAGAUGAAGAAGCUGGUGCGGAAAAUCUGUAGGGCAUGCAGUGGAAUAGAUAAGUAAUUCUUCUAUUAUAUUUCUGGUGUGGUUCAAGGUUUAUAAAUUUAAUUUGAUCAGUAGAUUGUAGAGCUUAGUUGUGUAUUAUUAGAUUUCAGAGCACAUUUUCAGAAGGAAUUCAAUUUUCUGGUAUUGAUGAUUGUAAAAAAAAGGAAGUGGGGGUGGGGGUUUUGGAUUGUGCUCUUCAAAUGCCAAAAUUCAAAUUAGUUGUUU